UUUAUGAAAAGUUGUUUUUGUUGUGAACUGCUAAACUUCCGUCCGAGCUAGCUGUUUUUAGCCAACAUUAGCAACACUCAGUCCGAGCUGUAGCUAGCCUUCUAUUGGUAUCUUUAGUAGUUGGUAUUGUGGAGAAAUGACAGACGACAACAUGAGAGAGGCGCCCAUAUCAACCACUCCACCAUCUCAGUGGCUCUUGAAAUGGAGCACCACCAUGUUCACUGUAUCUCCUGUGUUAACCAAAGAUGCAUGGUCAAACAUGAACCAGGAGUUUCUUGUGAUUUAAUCGCAUGUCCAUUGGUGUGUGGGGCUGUGUUUCACUCCUGCAAAGUUGAUGAGCACCAACUUUUGUGCCCACUUAUGAGGAUUCCGUGCCUUAAUAGCGGCUAUGGCUGCCCAGCCAUGCUGAUCCGUAACCAGAUGUCUGCACACUUGGAUGUUUGUCCAGCUGGAGCGGUCUCCUGCACAAUGGAGUGGAACAGGUGGCCUGUUAGCUGCUUAAACUACACCUCUUAUGAGAGCCUAAUUAGUCUGUUGGAAGAGAUGGAGCAGCUAGACAUGGCGCUUGCACUUCAGGACCAACAAACACUCCUUGAUUCGAUGAAGAUGAUUGCCAAGACUCCAUCUCAACAAGAAGAUCCAGUCACUAGAAAGGAGAUUAAAGCGAAACAUUUAGCUUCACACUCGUCUGCUCCUGAAAUCUCAACCUCGCAAUUAUCCUCCUCGCAUCAAUCCCAGUCAGUUCCCAAAGCUUCAGCAAAGGAGAAAAUUCUCAGUGGAAUUAAUGGCUUGAAAGAAGAACACCUCAGCAAGCUCUAUGAGGCCACCGUUGAGACUGCAAGAAGCUUAGCUGCUGCUCUAGACUUUGUUAGCACUGCCAGCUGUGGUGAAAGUAACUCAGUAGGUGAGAAUGUAGGAGAUGUCUUGUUACAAAGCAGUUUGGACAGUAAUAGAAGCAUUCAGAAUGGACUGGAAGACAUAAAUUGGAGCAGUUCUUGUGCGAGUCACUUAGAUGAAAAUGCAGCUUUUGAAGGAAUCAGUAUGCAGAACAAAAUCACAGCCAAUGGACCAUUGGCGGAAGUAACAAAUGAUGAUACUUUGCAAGAACCUGCAACCUCACAAAUGAUAUCCCCAGUGCAUGUGAGCCACGGCGUGGCACAGUGGGCUGACCAUGUAGUUCUGGACAAUAAAGGGCUAGUUCUUUCAGGAAAUCUUGGACCUGAGAGGAUGCUGCCCCUGAACCUCUUCUACAAGGGCCAGGUCCAAUAUCCUUUAACUAAUGGACAAUUAGGUGCUAAACCAGACAAGUCACCAUAUAGGCUGCGGGUAGAAAUGGAAGACAAAGCAGUUGAUACUUCAGAUUUGGAGCACGAUGAUGAUCCUAUGGGUCUUGGGGAGAUUGAUGCAAUCCCACCAGCUCUACUCUUCUGUUUGGAAGAGUCCAGGGAGUGCAGAAGGAUCUCUGAUACGGUCUACAUUGAUGGUUACCGUGUUGACCUGGGCACGCAGACUUUCACAUUUCCUGCGGCAGUCUUGGUGACUAAUACAAGAGUCGGUGACAUGGCCUCUGUUUCAGCCUGUGAUCAUGCAGCACCACAGCUCGCCUACCCCAGCCCUCUUCGCACCCUUCGCCUUGGCCAGGUCCUCGAAGCUCUGGAUUCGGCGACGGUCCCAUAUAAUCGUUACCUCCCCCCUAACCCCCAACACCAGCACACCUUUCCUUUCUUAUGUGGUCAGUCAUUCAGGCGGGACCAGUUUUCGUCGCAUUUCAGAAACAUCCACGGGGAGAUUCACGCUUGGCUCAGUGGCUGGAUAGAGCAACGGUGCCCUCUUGCAUAUUAUGGCUGUACAUUUUCCCAGCGGAGAUUUUAUCCAUCUACCCGAGGAGCAAAGGUGGUUCACGAUAGGCAUCUUAAGGCAUUUGGGGUUCAGCCCUGCACCAGACUGCAACCUCCAACAGACUCCCAGUCAGACCGGUUUAGUGGGCUCCCUAUUGAGAUACUGUGGCACAUAGCUGGAUUCCUGGAUAGUUUUAGCCUGUGCCAGCUGUCCCUGGUGUCAAGGACUAUGAGGGAAGUGUGUGCCAGUCUCCUCCAAACCAGGGGCAUUGUAGAGCUGCAGUGGGAGCGAACAGAUUGUUCUAGUGGGCUCCGUAAUGUGUCGUGGCAGGUCAAAAAUAAGGUGUGGAGAUUCAGCACUGCUUUCACUCCUGUAUCCUCAUGGGGUUUUACUGAGGUCCCCAGCAUGUCGGUUCACCUUAAGAAGUGUCCUUUCAAUGUAGUAGAGCAGAAGACAGAACCAAUACCUCUUCCUGCCAUGUGUACCACACGAGAUGGACUGUCACUCCGCCGCGUCCUACGUCAUGUCAACACUUGACCAAAUAAGGCUGAGCUGCAAGAGAUUCACUAGCUUUAUGUGAAUGUGGCUAAUGAAGUAAAAUGAAUUCUGAUUAGUUUUGAUUAUAAACAAACCUGAAAGGAAAACAUUUUUUUCAGAUUUGUUAAUGGUUUGUAUGUGGAAUGAAAAAGUGAGCAUUCUCAAUUGUUUUGCAUGGAUUUGUGCUGAAAGUGCACCUUUAUUCUGCUAAGAAAACAUAUUUUGACAAAGAUAAUUGUGCACAACAGAUUUAUAUUCUCCUGAAGAUUAAAUAUUAUUCUGCCUUUUAUUUUUAGCCAUGGAAAAUAAUAUAAUAAAACUCCAUUAUUUCUGAAUAUUAUAAACAAUGCCAGCACUUUAUAUUUUAAUUCCUUCCAAAUUGAGCAGUGAACCUUGUCUGAAGAGCUUCUGAUCGCUACUAAAGAUCAAGUUGCAUGUCAUGUUUAGGUUUAUCUGAAGUUUGGAUCACAGUUUGAUAUCACAGAAUGACUAAUGUACCUGAUUGCUGCAGUUUAAUAAAGUGUUUACUGACUUUU